CGGAGAGUGAUUGGCCACAAAUUUAAUAAGACCAUGUGAUUCCGAUUUAAGUAGCUCCAGCUUUCAUGUUGAUGGCUAUUGACUUACGAUCACUUCCAUAUUCAUAUUUUCUUCUUUUCUAUAUUCCUUACAAUGUCUUCAAUCAUGGAAGAGUUUGAUCACCUCAAAAUUCAAAUGGAAGACAUAAAAUCGGCAACCUGCAACUUUAGUCAAGACAGGUGGAUCGGAGGUGGUGGGUUUGGUUCGGUGUACAAAGGAGAACUCUCCCUUCCCACGGGACCAACCAUGGUUGCUUUCAAGCGCUUGGAUCAAAGAUCCGAUCAAGGAAACCCUGAGUUUUGGAAGGAGAUCAUGAUGCUUUCCAAAUACAAACAUGAAAACUUGAUCUCUCUCCUUCACUUUUGCAUCGAGGGUGAUGAGAGAGUCCUUGUGUAUGAGUAUGCCCCUCGUGGAAGCCUUGAUCGUUAUCUAAGUGAUGCUACUCUUACAUGGAACCAACGCCUUCAUAUAUGUAUCGGGGUUGCACGUGCAUUAAAAUAUCUUCAUGAUCCCAUGGAAACACAACAAAGACUUAUCCAUCGAGACAUGAAAAGCUCCAACAUCCUUCUAGAUGAUAACUGGAAUGCUAAAGUUUCUGAUUUUGGUUUGUCAAAAAUUGGCCCCGCAAACCAACCGCAAACAUAUCUGGUCUCCAGACCUGUUGGUACCCUUGGAUAUUGCGAUCCAUUAUAUUCAGAGAUGGGUUUCCUAUCAAAAGAGUCUGACGUAUAUUCCUUUGGGGUAGUACUGUUUGAAGUGCUAUGCGGAAGAUCAUGUUGUGAAUAUAGUAAUGGUAAACUAAUUAACAUUUUAGUCCAGAAGUGGAUAAAAUGUUAUAAUGAAAAUAAAUUAAAAGAUAUUAUCUUUCAAGAUCUCAAGGGACAAACAGUUUGGGAUUCUGUGAUGACUUUUUCAGCCAUUGCAAACCGAUGCUUAAAAAGAGAUCGUAAAGAUCGACCAACGAUGCACCAGAUUGUGAACGCACUGGAGGUUGCACUUCAAAAGCAGGGGAAUGCAUAUGUUGAAACUCCACUUUUUGCUGGUGAGGACGGCUAUCAUAGUUUCCCGAUGCCAACAGUUCCGUACGGAGUUCAAAGAUUUCAAUAAAGGCUCAAAGAGAAGCAACAUAGCUUGGAAAAAAUUCCUAUGCCGAUUUUUUUUUAUUUAUUUAUUUUUUCUUAAAAGGAAAACAGCCGAUGAAAUAAUUUUAAGAUCUUGUAAGUUCUUUUAAGUAUUUUUCAUUUGCGCUAUUUAAAUCAUUAAACUUAUUUUUGUUAUUACUGAA